AGAAGAAAUGUAUAAAUGUCUGUUUUGUUAAAAAGACACUUUCUUGAUUUUUGUUUUCAGGUGAUCACUGGAGGUCAUUAUGAUGUUGACUGUCGGUUGGAAGAUCCUGAUGGCAUUGUAUUGUAUAAAGAGAUGAAGAAACAAUAUGAUAGCUUCACGUUUACUGCAUCCAGAAAUGGGACAUACAAAUUCUGCUUCAGCAACGAAUUCUCUACUUUCACACACAAAACUGUGUACUUUGAUUUCCAGGUUGGAGAAGAUCCACCACUGUUUCCUAGUGAGAACAGAGUAACUGCACUUACUCAGAUGGAGUCUGCGUGUGUUUCAAUUCAUGAAGCUUUGAAGUCUGUCAUCGAUUAUCAGACUCACUUCCGCUUGAGAGAAGCGCAGGGCCGCAGCAGAGCAGAGGAUUUAAACACGAGAGUGGCCUACUGGUCAAUAGGGGAAGCAAUCAUCCUUCUUGUUGUUAGUAUUGGGCAGGUAUUUCUUCUCAAAAGCUUCUUCUCUGAUAAAAGAACCACAACAACCCGUGUUGGAUCAUAACUGGUAGUGGUAAUGCUUCAGGUCAUUGUGUGCUACUCAUCUGUAAAAAUUAACUGUUCUCCAAGUAAUUGUAGGUACCUGAAUGAUCUGAAUAUAUGCAACAUUCAAAUGUGUCUCCCCCUCAUCCCUUAAAAAUCACAAAACAAAUCCAGAAAGUUAUGAAAGGGACACAUGAUUUGAAAUACUUUGAAAAUAUUUUGGAACUUAAGUGUUUUCUGAUUCCUGUAUUAAAUAUCUGGCAGUGACCAGCCUCUCUUUAUUUCUAAUGAUUAUAAUCCAAACUGAGUUUGAUUUUUACUAGUAAGAUUAGCCAUCUGCAGCAUAACACUUUAAAAUAACCCUGUAGUGCACUGUUUUGAUUUGCUGUUAGAAAAAAAAUCCAGUGAUACCCUUUUCUUAUUUGUAAAUUGUUGCAAGCUUGACACUGUAUCAUGGUGCACAUUCUCCAUCAGCCUGAUAAGUCUCCAUCUCCAAAACUUGCUAAAUUUUUAUACAUGAGUAUGUUUGCUUAAACAUUAUCUAUAUUAAAAUAAAUGCCUUUCCUCUUUUACAAAGUUUAACUGAACAAAUUGUAAGCUGAGACUACUCAGGAAAUCCACUUUCUGUAUUCAGAAAUCCAAAUCUCCAAGUUCAUUUAAAGAAGAUGCAAUAAAAGAGGAAACCUUGUAACUUUGUCACUGAAACUGUACCAUUUCUGUACUUGUAUAUGCUGCUGCUGCUGCUUUUUGGAUUUAAGACCAGAAGUAGCUUCGUUUGUUAAGCAGCCCAGCACCAGCACUGGAAAAGGUUAUAUUAUGUUAGGCACAUAACAAAGCUUUUUACUAAAUUGUUUUCCUGUUAAGACACCAAUUUGAUAUUGAUACUGCAUUGCACAAGUGCUGUAAGUUUUACUUUCCUGUGUGUGGUGCACUGAUACAUGAUGGCCUUGUGCAUCUAAUUGCCACUCUUUUUUGCUAGUGGUCAGGAAAUGUUUUAUUAUUUUAGGUUAUCUUUUUUGUAGAGUUAUAGUUACAUUGUUUCCACUGAUCGAGUCUUUAAUAGCUUAUGUACUGUAAAGUCUUGUUUUAUUUGUAUGUGGAAGGUAGUUAGUGUAUGUGCAUACAAGUAGCUUGAAUUGAGCUGGUCAUGAGGCAAACACUCCUUCAAAUGGCUCUGGAGGAGUAGAGUAGACUGACCAGUUCUUAAAUGCACACAAACUAAACUAAGCUGAAAAAAAAUCAUCGUUUAUUACUGGCUAAAUCAAAAGAUGCUUCUUAAGUUCUCAGCAAGCAGAGAAAGAAUGCUGAACCCUUACUAAUUGUAUUAUUUUUAUCAAAAAUUUAGCAAAAAGGUGAGACUUGAGCAGUCUGAAGAAUUGAUCUAAGAUUACUUAAUUUUAAAAUCCUGUGAUGGCAAAAAAAAAGUGAAAGAGCACAUAGUGUGUUGUGAACUGAAUGACCGCCCUCUUGAAAAUUGAAGAAAAACCUCAUACAGCUCAAGAAUUGUUUAAAAGAUCAUGGGGGUAUUAAAGCUUAAUGUGUGUAAAAUUCAGGAUUAUAUAUAACAUUUUUCUAUCCUGUACUGAAUUUUAAAUACUGCAGUCCCGUUUGGGGAUGCAAGCUUCCCAGAAAUAGACUCACAAAGAUCAGAAAACAAAAGAACUACUGCUUUCUUCUUCUGCCUGCACACAUAGUUCUUGAUUGUACCUAUAUGCUUUAUUCUUUUGUUUUGGCAAGUACUACUCAGUACUUUGUGCUGCGUUGCACACAAUAAUGAAGCAAGUGGUACACUUUGGGUGCAAGUGUCACAUGAAAACAUGAUUUAAUUUUGAUAGUGUCCACUAUUAUCUUCUGGAGUUUGAAUAUCACUUGUGUAGCUUUAAUCACAACAAAAGCAUUAGUUUUAAAGAUUGAAAUAUGUUGGGUUUUUUCCCCACUGAGUUUUUCUUUGUGCUGUCAAAAUUCAUAAACAAUGGGGUAAAACAAAUAAUGGUUGGCCAUUGCGUAUGUUUUUCUGUUCUUUCAUAAUGUUUGAAUGUGUGAAGUGAGACGACUGUUAGCUCAAUAUUACUCCCACUGCAGAGGUUGAGUGAACCUGAAUUUUGCAUUUAAGUUAGAUAUCUGAACCAUUUUUUUGCUGCAUAAUAUGCAGCAAUAGCUUAAGAAUGCCUUUAUUUUUGUGUUAUUAAAAACAUGGCACAACUAUACAUGUUUAAACAUAGCUGUAUAUAGUUUUUAAAAAAAAGUGACUGACUAGGAUAUAAUUAAACAUGCUAACAUGCAGUGGGUGAAGAAAUGCAUUGUGACUUUUGGUUAAAGCUGCAUCUUUUUAUUACAUGAAAAGAGUAGUUUGGUUAAUGAUGUGAUGCACAAAUAAACGCUCUGCGUUAAAGGGGAUAUAACUAUGUUUUUAAUUGCUAGAGGCUCUGGGUUUCAGCUUUUCCUUGGAUGUUUUAUGUUUACAGAACUUCCUCUCAUGUCCCAAAAUGUCAGUUCUUGUUUUAGUUUGAGAGGAAAAAGUAGAAUUUGUUUGAGUAAGACAAAAAGCAGACCCUGUGAAUAUUGUAUGGGAAAAUAAAAAUUAAUAUAUGAAUGUGGUCUAAUUGUUUUGUUUGCAUGUGGGAUGGGGAGGAUUAGUCUU